CCCGCGACCCUAGUGAGGAGAAGGGGCUCAGAAAAUGGAUGGAUGGAUGAAGCUAAGCAAAAAUAAAUAAAAUAUUUCUUACCAUUAAUGGGACUUCUGGUGCUACAUGGUUUUGCUGAUGGCUUUGUGGUCUGGUUGAUAAGUGGUGAGGUUAAGCUUCACGCAGGCUUCCAUCCGUUAAAUGUGUUCGUAGGUUGGUCUUGAUGUUUCCUCUGUAUUUCCCCACCAUACAACGGAGCACCAUCAGUACACGACAAAAUGAGCUUAGCCAUGGGUAGAUUUUUUUUUCUUUAGUGAAUUCAGUGAGAGACUUGAAUAAAUCCUCCCCUCUUUUUGACCCUUUCAUUGGCAGACCCUUUCAUUGGCAAAGCAGCAAACCUUUCCUCACACAGUGUGUCACUGGCAGCACACCUUGCAGUCACGGUGAAUGGCUUACGUCUGUCGACUCAUCCAAAAUGAGGGGAAAAGUAUCACACUCCAUUUAUGUCUUUCACUUGUGUUGCUGACAGAGGCAUGUCUUUUAUUUGUUUGAUUAUCUUGUCGUUAUCUGAAAAAUCGUCACAUUAAGCAUGAAUCCUUGGCGUACGCACCAUCUGUCAACGGCUUUUCGUUCCUCACUAUUACGAAAGAACCAGCAAAGUGAGCCGAAUUCUAAUCAUCAUGUGGGUUCCAUACACGGAGUUGCUGCUGACUAGCUUGCACAGUAGCGCUUGGCAUGCCUUCUUCCUGAUGUUCCCCGCUGGCUAUUUCGAUGCAAAUCGAAAGAUGUCGAAGUGCUGCUUGAUAUUUGACUGUUGCAUUGAUGAAAUUUUAUCAUAGUAUAUUAGAUACACCACAGAAUGUGCUCUCUCUAAAAAGGCAGAUUGCUCUGUCCAUUCUUGCUAAAAUGUAUGGUGCUCCUCAUCUUUCCUUCUUUUUGCUGUCUUUCUCAUCAAAAGAUACCUAUUUGAUUUAAAGGAGGGAAUUUUACUUCUGAACCGCACAACAACUCGGUAGGCUACCGCAUUAUCCAAUAAAAAUAGUCUGACCUUACUGUACCCGGAAGGACAGUUGGCAUUGACUCCAGCCACCUGCAUUGUAUUAGAAAAUGGAUGGCUGGAUUAAAAUGCAUGAAAAUGUUUUUCAUUUUAAUCGUUAUUUUUAACGUUGCGAUUUGUGUAAUGUUUUACCUUAAAAUGUCAGUGGAAUUAUUCUUUAUUUAUUGUGUUAAAAAUUGUCAUCUGGGAGCCAGAUGCAGUCCUCAAAAGAGCCACAUGUGGCUCGUGAGCCAUAGGUUCCUAACCACUGCUUGAUACAGACAUUCAUGUCUUGCCUUUUUCUAAUGAUUUUUUUUUUUUUUGUGACAUUGAUACUCGCAGGUAGACUGAAACCUUUAUUAAGAUAAUCCUAAAAAUGAUUUUAACCACUAUGCUAAACUCAUGGCACAUUUUGGAGUAGUCUGUGUUAAAUUUUGUAUGUUUGUUAGUAUGAAACAUGACUGCCAAUAUUGUUGCCCUGGCCCAAACCAAGUUUGAGUAGUCCAAAAUCCCAAUUUUUGGACUCUGUCCAUGUUGUUGUUUACUGCCCCAGCAAUGGAUUUUCUGUCGACCUAACUUCCGUGCUUGCCACUGUCGAGGGAAUUCCAAUACAUUGUCAGCAAACUGCUAUUAUGAACCGUCACUGACAUUUCUAUUUACUAAUCAAACCACAAUUAUUGUUUUCAACAAUGCUUAUUAUGAUCACUGGGAAGCUAUCUUUGGCGUUUCAAAAUACAUCUCCUGCAACAAUAUAACUAUACACUGGUGCAACUGCUCUAUUUAAUCUGAAUCAUCAAGUGAUUGUGUGUGAAAAUGUACAAUGCGGGGGUAAAGCCAGGGCUGAGGCUUGCUAAUCUGAUGACCGUCCAGCUGGAUCAGUGAGCUAUAAGGCACAUACUAUUAUAUAACUGAGACAUUGCGGAUUCAAGUCAUGUUGUUUGACAUCUCAUCCGUCUCCUUGUACAACAUAAUUUACACUUACAUUGUGCAAAUCCAACUUGAAGGUCAAGCAAAGGUCAAUCAGGUUCGGGGAAUCAUGUUUGUAAGUGAAAUAGCGAUUCCAUGUCUGAGAAAAUGAAAGGGCUUUUUUAACCAUUGAGCAUCUUGCUGUCUUGUGCUGCAUCUCUCUUUUUAUGACCUCUACCGUUGGACAUUUUGUGUGGCAGUUUGAGCGCAGCUUUGGCUUCCCAACAGCAACAACAGAUUAGCUCUGCUGCACUCUGUUGGUGACUUUUUGACAAUGCAACAUGUGGGAAGCUGUUCUCGCCGCAACGACUCACACGCUCAAUAAUUUAACCCCCUUUGGCUGUUUGUUGGAGCUUUGGCCAAGAAGAUGCACUUGCUCUGUGAAGGGCUGCGAACCAUGACACUACCAGUACACCCAACAUGUAAAACACCAACAACUCAAGGAAAGGUUUUACUGUUGAGUUUGUUAUCUAUUUGCUUUUAUUUGAUUUGUAUUACUGUGGCGUCUGCUGCCAGGCCAGCAUUCCAAAAUUAUAAUUUCCUAUGAAUUGCCUUACCUGGAUAAAUAAAUGUUCAACAAAUAAAAAACACAUCAAUUCUAUUAGCAGUGGGCCUUUUUUUAAUUUCAAAUUGACAGGGCCAGAGCGCUGACCCUCGAUGACAUCGGCAUUUUUCUGGCCUCUGAUUGGUUGGUCAGAGCAAAACUUGUUACCGUCAUCUUCGGCUAGCAAAACAUGUUUAUGGCGAUCUGCACACAUUAAUACAUUUAAUAAUCAGCAUCUGUGGUGAGUAUGAUGUAUUUUAUUGAGAUGUUUAAUGUUUUUGUCAUGUUAUUAGAUAAAUAUUGUACUUCUGAACUGCUCCAGAUGACAUACAUGGCACAGUCUCAUGUUGUUACAUUACGGUGAUGGUUUCUAUAAUUGCAUGGUGAUAGUGGAGGUAUUGAGAGGUGGAUUAAAUUGGGUAAUUCCGUACUGAAGGCCAAGGUACCAUAUGCAAUGAGGUCUUGCGUGUAUCCGCGACUGCAAAAGUGAGCCAAUACAAGCAAUAGCACAAAUCGGCACUGUAAGGAGGAAAAAGGUGAUGAAGAAUCUAAGGGCCUAUGACUCCCAUGGGCCCUAGAAAACAGUAUUUUCAGUUAUGGUCAUUGAAAUGGUGGGUGGGGCCCAAAUGCCAAAAGGUAGAGUAUGUUUUUCACAGGGCCCCAAAUCCCUGUUGUAUCUUGUGUUAUGAUUAUUGGGCCCAUUUCCACCACGACAACUUGCAGUUGGCUUGCUAGCUAUAUUUACACCCUGAAAAUGCAGCUUCCCUGGAUUCCACCACAAUUUACAGAACAGCUUGGUGUCGUUAUUUGAAUUCCCUAGUGAGGAGGUGAUGUGACGGACGAGCCUGCCGCCCGUCUGCCAACCGAAAGAAGCCGCGGAUGCCUUUCAGCUCAUGAGCUAGCAGCUAGCUGGGGCUUUUCACACCGCAACCAGCUGCUAGCUGCUGGCUAGAGCAUCUUGUGGUGUGAAAAGCCCCAGAUGUGUAGAAUGCAGAUGAAGUAGCAGCCAUUUUUCAGCAGGGUAUGGUUUCAUGGAUUCAGCGGAAAGCGGAGGCAACAACUUGAUUUUUUUUACAAUUUUGAAGCCUCGUUUUUAUCUAUUUUCUUUCUUCUUUUUUUUUAAUCAUUAAAAUUUGGCAGGCUUGUUAACAACACUUCUCUGUGGUGUGUCAAAUUUAAAAAAUCAUUUUUUUAAACUUUGUUUUAAUAUUUAUAAUAUCGUCGUCCACACACUAUUGUUAAUCAUGCAUUUAAUAAUAUACAUUAUCCGGAAAGGGUUACUGACAGUGUAAUGGUUCACUCUCCUGACUUCCAUGCAAGCAGUGUGGAUUCAGUUCCCACUCCGUUCUGUAUACAUGUGCCCGGUGAUUGACUGGUGACCAGUCCAAGGUGUAGUCUGCCUUUUGCACUCAUUCCCCGUGACCCUGAACACGAUGUUGAUGUGGUAUAGAAAAUGGAUGGAUGGGCAUAAUGCAUUGUGCUUUAUGAUGGAGAGAAAUAUUACUAUGUAUAUUUUUGGGGAACUGUCGCAGGCAAGUGUCCCGUAUUUAGGUCAUACUUGAAAAUGUAAUGGUAUAUACCUGGGAGUAUCUGCCCCAGGCAUAUAACCUGUUUGAAACAACUCAGGAUAUCUAUCCAUUAACAUUUCAAUGCAAAAUUACAAAAGUAAAUGUCUGAUCUUACAAUUUCAUGUCCCUUGCUUAUAACAGGAACCCAAUUCAAGCCUUUAUUUUCAUGUCCAACAUAACUCUUUCCUCUAAUCUGAAAUGCCAGGGAUUAAACAGACAGCCAACUCCCCAUCCGUAAUUCUGCCUACCCACCUCCCCCUUCCAUCCUCUCUCAUGCACACACGGAGUUGUGCCAGGCUAGUCUUUUUGAGACUAUAAACAUGAUGACCAAGGGAGAGAGACAGGAAAGUAGGUGGGAUGGAUUAGAUUAAGUUGGUCCAAAUUCAAGGGAUCACUCGCAGUAGGCUGGGGUGACAGAUAGACUGACAAAAAUUUGUUUGUGUGAGCAAGAGAGAGUGAGAGAGAGGGGGAGAGAGAAAGAAAGUGUUCAAGUCAUGCUAUCAGAGAUGCGGGUUGUUUCUGCUCGGAUAUGACCAGGCUCUCCAAUAAUGACCGAUCACUCUUCAGCACCUGUUCAUAAAAUUACACUUCAUGUCUUUAAAGCGCCUUAUACCAGCCUCUAAAAACCUAUUGGAGUUUAGGAUCGGAUGCAGAAUCCAUUAGGAUACAUUGGCUCCAUCUGGACCAGCGGAAACUUGGAUUGUAGCUUUUUCACACAAGAGGAAAGUUUGCUCGUGGGUGUUCAGAGGCAAAGCCCAAUGAUAUGCACAGGAUGUAGCACGCUGUUGGAUUUUGGAGUUAAAUGUGACCAUUGAGGAUGAGCAGAAGUGGGACACAGGAGGAGUGAGUGAUUGGACAAACAAGCGGAAAAGAGUGAGUGGUGAUGGGAAAUAUCAACAAAGCAUCUAGAAAAAAUAGUACAAAGAGUAAGGGGAUGUCACCUGUAGAGCGAAGUGAGUCCCCACUCACUACGGGCACGCUCGGGGGCCUGAGAGAGGCAGGUGAGAAGGACACAGAAGAAGACGAGGAUAGAGGGAGCGACCCAGAGUUCGAUGAGCCGCUCUGCGCUCUGGUUAAGAACUGCAACAUGUUGCACAACAUCGUGGGGCCCGCAUGUGUCUUCCUCAAACAAGGCUUCGCACAGAGCCAGAUCGACAGAGACCUGCGGCCUGAAGAAAUGGAAGAGCUGCGUGAGGCAUUCAGAGAGUUUGACAAAGACAAGGAUGGCUUUAUCAGCUCUAAGGACCUUGGCGAGUGCAUGAGGACGAUGGGAUACAUGCCAACAGAAAUGGAGCUGAUAGAGCUCAGCCAGCAGAUCUGUGGGGGCAGAGUGGACUUUGAAGACUUUGUGGAGUUGAUGGGUCCCAAAAUGCUGGCUGAGACUGCAGACAUGAUUGGAGUCAAAGAGCUGAGGGAUGCCUUUAAAGAGUUUGACUCUGAUGGGGAUGGUCAGAUCAGCCUUGGGGAGCUGAGAGAAGCCAUGAAGAAGCUGAUGGGAGAGCAACUCAACCACCGCGAGAUCGAUGAGAUCCUGCGUGACGUCGACCUCAACGGUGACGGAGAGGUAGACUUUGAGGAGUUUGUGCGAAUGAUGUCUCGCUGAGCGAACCGUCUUUGCUGCAAUGAAUGGGGAUGACACACUGUUAAUGUUCUUGUCAUUGUAAUUCUUCUUGAUAUACAUUCAUGUUUGUCUCCAUCCUUCCAUUCUCUAAUAAGUGUAAGAGAACCCCUUGCAUGUGUUACUGUUCUGUGAAUAUGUAAUGUAACUGUUGUGACAUGUAAUGCGAUGACAUGAACGAGACGGGCAGUUGAACAAGGACAGGGCCGACUACGCUCAAACUAUCUUGAAAACGACGAUGUCACACAGUAUGCUGACUCAUACGGGUCAAAUAUUCAAAAUAGAAUGAAAGAGAAUAAAAUGAUUUUGUUAAAACAAAAAAACAAAAAAAUACUUUAAUAAAACAAAUAUGUUGCUUGCUUUUUCACUUUGAAAAGCUUCUAUGCAGUUAGUUACAUAGUACAAUGCCACUUUUAAAUGUAUUUAUUCACUUUUUUGUACUUGAUUUAUUUUCCCAAAUUAACCAAAUUAGUUUGUAGUAUGUAUUGUCGUGUCUAAAAAUAAGUCUAAAUAAAGAUUUUGGGUUAUAAUCCUGACUAUGCUAAUGUGCCUGUUGCACUCAGAAUCAAUCCUGCGUGUGACUCGUAUAAACUUUCAGAUUGGAGGAGUGUCCUUUCGCUUUUGUUCAUUAGCGGCCACCAUACUUAGGGGCUAAACAUGAGGGAUUAAUCCUGGGCGGCACGGGGGGCAACUGGUUAGAGCCUCUGCCUCACAGUUCUGUUUGCAUGUAGUCCCCGUGCCUGUGUGGGUUUUCUCCGGGCACUCGGGUUUCCUCCCACAUCCCAAAAACAUCCAUGGUAGGUUAAUUGAAGUCUCUAAAUUGCCCGUAGGUGUGAAUGUGAUUGCGAAUGGUUGUUUGUUUAUGUGUGCCCUGCAAUUGUUUGGCAACCAGUUCAGGGUGUACCCCGCCUCCUGCCCGAUGAUAGCUGGGAUAGGCUCCAGCACGCCCGCGACCCUAGUGAGGAGAAGGGGCUCAGAAAAUGGAUGGAUGGAUGGAUGGAUGGAUGGAUGGAAUAAUCCUGUGGUUCUUGUGAUUGGAUUAUAAUAAGAAGUACAUUUGAUAAAAAGUGUUUCAAAUCAGUAAUGACCCCCAGUUAAAAUAAAAGUGUAUUGCACUUUGUCUGCUCAUUAUUGUUAAUUGUAUGUUAGAAAUUAAUAAUGAAAUGUUUUAUACUGAUUGGCUGGCGACCACUUCACUAGAGGUUCUGAGAUUAACUGUAUUUACAGUAUUUGAAAGAAACUUUGUAUGAAGUAAAAACAAACAAAAAACAAUGUUAUGGAAUAAAUCAUUUACUUUGUACAAUGAGUAUUGCUCUUCCUCAAAUUUUAAUUGAAAAUAAAAACAUACAUCCAUCAAUUUUCUACCAAAAAAAAUGUAAAUUCAACAGACCACAGAGAAGAGUAAUGUUAACAAGCCUGCCAAAUUUGAAUGAAUAACAAAAAUCGUGACGUAUAUCAAAUCAGGCUUCAAAACUUGAAUAAUUCGGGCCACCUCUCAGCUCCCAGGACGCUGUGGGUGUGUCGAAUGAAUGCACCAAAAGGAAUCAAACAUACCGAGGGGGUCAAACUGCUAGAUGGUAUUGUCUCAAGUAUUUAUAUUUGAACAGAUUCAAGAAACAAAUGCUCUAUUUUUACAGUGUUCAAUAAAAUAUGCAUUCUAAAUAAAUGUGAAUACAUAUAAGCGCUUUUGUCCAACUGAUUCAUGUGGGAUGCUUUGAUGAGGUUUCACCACUUUGUUGCUUCUUUUUGAGUCUCCUACAUGCAUAGUACACAUGCACAAAGUGACCUUUGUCUAUACCUGAAUGUAAUGAAGGCAAGUAGCAUAUCUAAGUUUGCUUAGAAACCCACGGUGAUGGCCCUGAGAACCUCACGUGGUUCAUUUUCUUGUCACUAUUGUCAACCCCCGUGGUUGCCCCUCAUAUGG